AUGUCCUUCGCUCUUCUGUCUCUACAGGCUCAAGAUGGCUGCGCUCUUAAGAUCAUCCCGGCUCCUCAAAUGCUCACCGGCUUCAUUGCUUCAGGUCACAGGAAACACCAGACAUGCACCGGCAGCUGGUCGUCUUUACAGCGGAGCGGUCGGGACUCCACAUGUAGGGCUUUGUGUCCGCCACACAGUCCCGAGACGGUUAAAUGUAAACAGUUUGUCCUCAUACACAUCGGCCCUGCCCUGUGUUAGCUGUCGUCAGUAUGGUGUUGUCCCAGAGCAGAGGGGGUUGGUGAAGGAUGAGCCCAGUGUGGCGGUCCGCUCCAAGCAGGCUCAGCAGUUUGACUGGGCUCUGGCCAAACUAGACAGCUCAGUCCGAAGGACAGGCAGGGUCACCAAAACACUGCUGCUGCGUAUCUUCCAUGAUAUUUGCAGAACAGGAUAUCCAAGUGGAAAUCAAGCCCUGUUGAUGCUGAGAAGCUGUGGCUCUCUGCUUCCUGAGGUUCCCCUAGUUGAGCGCAUAGAGCUGUCACAACGGAUCUGGGAUAAGCUUCAAGAACUUGGCGCCACCUAUGAUGUGAGCCAUUAUAAUGCCCUGCUUAAGACGUACUUGCAGAAUGAGUUCAGAUUCUCUCCAACCGACUUCCUUGCUAAAAUGGAAGCUGCUAAUGUUCAGCCAAACAGGGUGACCUAUCAGAGACUUAUUGCAGCCUACUGUGAAGUUGGCGACAUUGAAGGUGCAAGUACAAUCCUGGGCUUUAUGAAGAGCAAAGACCUGCCCAUCACAGAAGCUGUGUUCAACUCCCUAAUGACAGGCCAUGCCCGCGCAAGGGAUAUGGACAGUGCUGAAGGCAUCCUAUCAGUCAUGAAAGGUGCAGGGAUUGAGCCGGGCCCAGACACAUACCUAUCUCUCCUCAACGUGUAUGCUGAGAAAGGCGAUUUUGACAAAAUUAAACAGACUCUAGAGACGGUGGAGAAUGCAGAUAUCCAUCUGAUGGACAGAGAUUUGAUGCAGGUUGUUUUUAGUCUGACUAAGGCUGGCCAUCAGCAGUAUGUGCCUGAGAUUGUGGAGCACAUGCAUCACGAGAGGGGAUAUGUGCCAGAUGCUAUGAACCUCUGCUUGAGUCUGAUUACCCACGGACAUGAAGAGACUGCGUUUUCUGUGCUGAAGAACUUCACCGGCCUGCUGGUACAGUCGCAGACCAGUGACUCCCCAGACUUGGGAAACUUCUUUCUUCGCCACUGCGUCAAUAUGGACAAGUCUGUGGAGAACAUAGUUGGGUUUUGCAAAGAUCUAAAAGAUUCAGGUCUGCACUCAUCGCCACUGCAGUUCACCCUUCAGUGCGCCCUGGAAGCUAAAAAGACCGGUAUGGCUGUUGAGCUCAUGAGAAGGAUGAAGGAGGAGGGCUUGCCUCUCAGACCUCAUUACUUCUGGCCCCUGUUUAUUCAUUACCAGAAAGAGAAGAACAGUUCUGGUACUCUGCAAGCUCUGAGAGCCAUGCAAGAACUGGGUGUUGCAUCAGACAUGGAUACUUUUAGUAUCUAUAUCCUGCCGUCCUUCCCAUCAGUGGACAGUGCCCGCACUUCUCUUAAGGAGGCAGGUAUUGACGUGGACGCCAAUAUUUUGAUUGCGGCAGAAUUACGAGCCGAAGCGUCACGUGGAAACCUUGCAGGGCUGUUCUCUCUAAUGUCUUCACCUGCUCUUCCAAACGUUGACCUCAGUGCUUUCAGAGCCAGACUGAUCUCUGAUGUCUUCACCUGCUCUUCCAAACGUUGA